AUGACCCAAGUGCACCAGCUGCCCCUAGUGGGGCUCCUGCUGUGUCUUCUUAUUCCAAGCCAUCUAUGCAAGAUCUGUGAGAUAAGUGAAGAAAAGAAAUCCUAUCUAAAUCCUCUGCUGAGGACAAUGAACAAUUUAAAAUAUACCAAUGGAGUUGAAGCUGCCAAUGUUCUGCUGUCUCUGAGACUUGCAGGGUUUUGCAGUCAAGACCUAGAGCAAAAGCUGAUCCAAAAAGUCAAAGAUUAUGUGAUAAAGAAAAUUUCAGAUUUAAGUUCUGGACAGCUUGCCUGGAGUAUAAUGGCUUUGGGAGCAUGUAAAACCCCUAAUGAAAUGUUUAUAUAUGAGUAUAAUAUGGUCCACGUUCUCGAAAACAAAUUCCAAGAAGAAAUUGAACAUAUGGAUCACGCCCUCUUUGUGUCAUCAAAAUAUUACAAUGAAACUGAAUGCCAAAAGACUCUACAAACAGUGCUCAAGGAAAUUUCUCAGGGAGCAUUCAAUAUUCCAACUGCUGCAGCCCAGAUAUUACCUGCCCUAGUGGGAAAGACCUAUUUGGAUGUUAACAAAGACUCUCCUUGCGUCUACAGUUCAGCUGUGAACAUCUCCAUUCCUGUGUCUGGAUCUGUGACACCUGCUACCUCACCCUCACUUAUCAAAGUCCAUUACUCCGUGAAAAUCAAUAAAACGUAUUCCACCAACGUCACUGUGCCGAGUGGGUCUGUCUUCCUAGAUGUGAUGGAGGAAGCUCAGAAACAAAACAAGACUAUAUUUGGCUUCACAAUGAAGGAGAGUUCUUGGGGCCCAUACAUCACCUCUGUUCAGGGCAUAGAGGCCAACAAUAACGACAGAACUUACUGGGAAAUUCUGAACAGAGGUAUAUCACUGAGCCAAGGAGUUGGCAGUUACAUUGUCCAUAAUGGAGACUAUUUGGAGAUUCGCUGGAGCAAAUACUGA